UAGUGGUUAGGGCUCUGGACUCUUGACCGAAGGGUUGUGGGUUCAAUCCCAGGUGGGGGACACUGCUGCUGUACCCUUGAGUAAGGUACUUUACCUAGAUUGCUCCAGUAAAAACCCAACUGUAUAAAUGGGUAAUUGUAUGUAAAAAUAAUGUGAUAUCUUGUAACAAUUGUAAGUCGCCCUGGAGUUUAUUAUUAUAAAAUGGUUUAAUAUCUGUAGUCUGCAUGUUAUUUAGUACACUGAUUUUUAAAAUUGUAUUUAUUUAAGUAUUUAUUUAUUUUUAGGGCAGCAGUGUGGAGUAGUGGUUAGGGCUGUGGACUCUUGACCGGAGGGUUGUGGGUUCAAUCCCCGGUGGGGACACUGCUGCUGUACCCUUGAGCAAGGUACUUUACCUAGAUUGCUCCAGUAAAAACCCAACAGUAUAAAUGGGUAAUUGUAUGUAAAAAUAAUGUGAUAUCUUGUAACAAUUGUAAGUCGCCCUGGAUAAGGGCGUCUGCUAAGAAAUAAAUAAUAAUAAUAAUUAUAGAUAUAUGCUAUUUGAAAGAAAAAGAGCAGAUCACCACAGAAAGACAAUUCUUACAUUCGUGCAUAACAUGACAAUGUAUAUAAAGUGAUAGUCACCCAUAGUUUGUUACAUGAAUAGAGCGAAAUAGCACAUUAUACUUGAAAGGGUUUGAAAAGCAUCUCUCUCUCUCUCUCUCUCUCUGAGCACAAUGCCUCCAAGCGUUCCCACUCGUGUUGACGUCAUAUUCCUGUGACAGACAAGGACCAAUCAAAACGCGAGCCUGUUCUGCGGUUCCAUCCCAAACAACCGGGCCUGCGUCAUACCUGGAAUAUAAUCAGCCCUUUGGAGAGGUACGUAAUCGCACAAAAAAAUAAAAAAUAAAAAGUUAUUGUUGUACAAUCCGCAAAUGCGUACCGCGACAGGAAAGCAUGUAUAAUGGAAGCGCUGACAAUGUUCAAGGGUUAUAAACACGCUCAGUACUGCACGGCCAUUACCUGCCUCUUGUGACCCAGUCAGUUGCUGUAACAGUUUCAGUGAUGUGUAAAGAGGCGCUUGCAGCCGUUUAUCAAACUGCAAAGGAUUAAGAAAUAAAAAAACAAAACAUGAAAACCCCAACAACAGAGCGCCAUACACGACUCAACCAUUCCGAGUGUUAUUAUUAGUAUUAUUAUUAUUAUUAUUAUUAUUAUUAUUAUUAUUUAAAUGCUGUUGCACAUCCGUUUACAAGGAUUGGACGAUAAAAAACAGCUACUAAACAGAAUCCCAUGUGCUGCCAUGGACAGUGUGGAGAUGGAAUCUGUCCAGAUUAAAGAGGAGUUCCCUGAACUUGAACCUGUCCCCAUUAGAGUGGAGUUCUCUGGGCUGGCUUCCCUCCCCAUUAAACAGGAGCUCUGUGAGAUACAAUGUGACAGCAGUCAGCCAGAGGUCUGUGAGAUUAAAGCAGAGCACAAUGACUUGGAGAUCCCCCAGACAGAAGAACCCCUUCCUGUGAAACAAGGAGAGGUGCUGGAAACUGUCUGUAUUAAACAGGAGCCCCCUGAAGUAGAGUUUGACCACAUGGAACCAGGGAAGGAAGAAUCCGAGGACUUCAAACCAAACAUCCCUGAGCUGGAGCCUGUACGCCUGCGGGAGUGUAGCGUGGUGCUGGAGAGAAUCUGCGUGAGAGAGCAAGGCGCUGGAGAGGAAGGCUCUCCCAACAGCACGCAAGGAGGUGGAAAGGAAGACGGGCGCUCCCAUUCAGAAUGCAGUCUAGCAGGUUCCAGUCCAGCAGCUAAAGCGAGGGCGGGCGGUGGAGAAUAUCCUGACUGUGGGAAAGGUUUCACCCAGUUAGGGCAUUUUAAAAUGCACCAGCGAACUAACACAGAAAAGAAACCGUAUCACUGCUCUGACUGUGGGAAGAGUUUCAGUCACUUAGCACACCUUGAAAGACACCAGCGAAUUCACAAAGGAGAAAAACCGUAUCGCUGCUCUGUCUGUGGGAAGAGUUUCAGUCAGUCAGGAAACCUGAAAGCACACCAGCGAAUUCACACAGGAGAGAAACCGUAUCGCUGCACUGACUGUGGGAAGAGUUUCAGUCACUUAGCACACCUUGAAAGACACCAGCGAAUUCACAAAGGAGAGAAACCGUAUCGCUGCUCUGUCUGUGGGAAGAGUUUCAGUCAGUCAGGAAACCUGAAAGCACACCAGCGAAUUCACACAGGUGAGAAACCGUAUAGCUGUUCUGACUGUGGGAAGAGUUUCAGUCACUCAAACAGCCUUGUUUCACACCAGCGAAUUCACACAGGAGAGAAACCGUAUCACUGCUCUUACUGUGGGAAGAGUUUCAGAAAGUCAGGAAACCUGAAAGCACACCAACAAACUCACACAGAAGAGAAACCGUAUCACUGCUCUGACUGUGGGAAGAGUUUCAGUCACUCAAACAGCCUUGUUUCACACCAGCGAAUUCACACAGGAGAGAAACCGUAUCACUGCUCUUACUGUGGGAAGAGUUUCAGAAAGUCAGGAAACCUGAAAGCACACCAACGAACUCACACAGAAGAGAAACCUUAUCACUGCUCUGACUGUGGGAAGAGUUUCAGUCACUCAAACAGCCUUGCUUCACACCAGCGAAUUCACACAGGGGAGAAACCGUAUCGCUGCUCUGACUGUGGGAAGAGUUUCAGUCACUCAAACAGCCUUGUUUACCACCAGCAAAUUCACAGAGGAGAGAAACCAUUUUGCUGCUCAUACUGUGUGAAGAGUUUCAGUCAGUUAGGAACCCUGAAAAUACAUCAGCGAAUUCACACAGGAGAGAAACCGUAUCACUGUUCUGACUGUGGGGAGAGUUUCAGUCGGUCAAGUGGCCUUGUUUCACACCAGCGAAUUCACAGUGGAGAGAAACCAAAUUGCUGCUCUGACUGUGGGAAGAGUUUCAGUGGGACACAACACUGUUGUGCAUUAUGGAUCCCUGUGUAAUUAUUUUUUUUGUGUAUCACUCUUAAGAGCAUGUAUUUUAAAUGGUACAAAUGCUCUUCAGCUCUCUUGCACUCCGAUUGUGUCAGAAAGUGGGCGGAGACGCGGACACGUCACAAGAGGCUUCUCUGCUGUCAGUUUAACUCAGGCUGUCAAUGCAGUCAGUGCCUGGGAGCGGGAAUAUGCAGAAAGGAAACUAUUCUGCACCUCAUCUGAUGGACGAGUCAGGAGAAAUUGAUAACUCAGUGUGGGGAAUGAGUUUCAGGGUUUAGCAUUUAAACUGCAUAGACUUGAAAAUAAAUACAUUGAUGGGAACGAGUAUCCCGACCCCGGUAUGUAGCAUCCCAGAGACAAGACUGCCCCAUUUGUCCAUUUUUUAUUUGAUUUUUUUGCUGCUUUUGUAAACUGACCCAAAUAAUACAAUUGUAGCAAGCAUGUGGACAGAUCUUAGGUACAGAAAGGCAGACCGGUUUUAUCCCUGGCUCUGUCUUGCUCUUUUGUAGUAUUUUACACUCAUGAACUCAUUAAGGGGGCUGUGUGGUCCAGUGGUUAAAGAAAAGGGCUUAUAACCAGGAGGUCCCCGGUUCAAAUCCCACCUCAGCCACUGACUUAUUGUGUGACCCUGAGCAAGUCACUUAACCUCCUUGUGCUCCGUCUUUCGGGCGAGACGUAAUUGUAAGUGACUCUGCAGCUGAUGCAUAGUUCACACACCCUAGUCUCUGUAAGUCGCCUUGGAUAAAGGAGUCUGCUAAAUAAACAAAUAAUAAUGAGCAAAAUGAAAAUGUAGCUUAAUUAUGACUAUUAAUGGGUUAAGCCAGGGAUUUAAACAAGGAGUAAAAUGAAAUCAUGAUCUUCAAUUGAAUUAAUAGUAAUAUUUUAUAUUAUCUCUAAACCACUGGGCAUGCAUAUUUAAUAUUUAUUUGGCAGCUCAAAGGCUCCAGUCUGACUAGUUUCAAAAUGACCAUCCACCUGUACACAAGGGUGAUUUAGAUUGAGGGGGUUUCCACUCUGAUGUUCGGCGCGGCUGCAUCUUUGUCACAGCAUAGCGUCUGGAUGAAUUUGUACAUCCAGAUCAACAAUUGAUGCAUUUCUUACUUGCAAAAGAAAAACGAAGGAAGAAAACACACAAGAGUCUGCAUGCGUCUAUGCCAAUUCCCUUUGGAUCAUUUUACAUUGUCUUUAAUUGUUAGUUAUUAGAGAUGUAUUUUAAGGUUGAUGUUUUUGAUAUUGUAACUAUUUUAAAUGGCACACCACUAUGCUGAGCUGGGUAGUACAUGGUAACUUGGUAGACAUUUACAGUGCAGAAUGUUUUAGGUUCUUUAUAAUAACGUUGCUGACUAGAAAGUGAAUCCGUGUGUUUCCGAUGACAUUCCCAAGUACUGUCUUUUGAUUCUGUGCGUGCAAAGACUUGCUAUUAAAAGUUAAGAAUUACUGUUUGGUAUUCCAUCCUUAACCAACAGUUUGUCCCAAACUGACUUGAAUUAUAUAAGAAAUAAACCGGGGGGGGUUUGGAUGUUAAACCCAUUUUUUCUGCCUUUAGCUUUACUGCCACUGUGGUACCAUUCAGUGGAGCGAACAUUGUAAAUGGGGUACUCAAGCUGAAACCUCCAGACACAAGGGGUACAGUUUAAAACAUUAAACGUGUGUGUUGGGGGAGCGGGUCCAUAUAUUUUGCAAGGGAUUUAUUUACCUUUAGUAUAGAUUUUUUUUUUUUACU